GGCGCUUGGAAAAUUGCAAGCGUUUUGUUUAUAUUGCGAAAAUGGACAACGUGCGUGGAAAAAAUACCAGAAGAAAACAUCUGAGUAAAAAUAAGAAGAAAUCAUGGAGAAAAGUUGAUACGAAUGAUGUUGAAGAAUUUUUAGAAGACGAAAGAUUACAAGAAAGAACAGGUGGCAAAGUAUCAGAGAAAACAGAUGCCUCUUUGUUUUUUGUUGACAAAAAAGUUACAAAAGCUAAAGCAGGUUUAAAAGAUAGGCAAAAAAGAAAGAGAAAGGCACAAGAGGAAUUGAAAGAUGUAGAAGUUACAUUAAAGCCACCUCCUCCCAAAAGGAAAGACAAAAGAGCCCAGGCAGUUAUUGACAAAGAAGUAAGUGGGAAGUUGACAGCCACCCAGACACAGGCGUUCAAGCAACGACGUAAAGCAAGGAACCAGAAACUUCAUCAAGUGAGAACCAGAGCGAAAAAUGCUGUCGCUAGCUAUGAUCUGUGGGGAGACACAUUAGAUUCAGGGAUAGCUGGUCAGGAUGAACACUUUAUUACAGUUACCAAGAAAAAAAGGGUUAAGGCCCCUCAGCGUUUACAGACACCUGUGUCUUUGAUACCUGCUGUUGAAAUUCCACAUCCUGGAUCUUCUUAUAACCCAGGUUAUGAUGAGUAUCAGGAUUUGUUACAAAAAGCACACAGUAAAGAACUGAAAAAGCUACAAGAAGAGGAGAGAAUAAAGAGAGCUUUAGAUGAAAAAUUUCCCUCAGCGAGAGAUGCCCCAACUGAGGAGAGUCAUUUGGAAGAGAUGUCAGCUGGACUGUUCCAUAACUCAGAGAAAGAUGAGGUGGAUGAGGAGGAGGGUGAUCUUGAUAAAUUGUCAGUGAAUCCACCUGUCAGACGAGAAAACAAAAAAGAUGAACGAAGAAGAAAGAAAGAGAAGGCAUUUAAGGAAAAGGCACAAUUAGCUGAAAAGGAAAAGCAGAAAAGAAUAAAAGAUAACAGUUUUUUCAGAUUAAAAUCUAUAAAAGCAGAGAUUAAGGCAAAGGAUAAAUUGCUUGAAAGCAGAGGUAAGAAAAGAGCUGAAAAGAAAGCCAGAGAUCUUUAUAGAACUAAAACACUCAGUAAAAACAAAUAUGAAGAACCUGACUUAGAAUUGAAACUAAGUGAUGAACUGACAGGCUCACUCAGGGAGAUGAAGCCUGAGGGCAAUUUAUUACUGGAUAGGUACCACAGCAUGAUGAAGCGGAAUAUACUGGAAGUACGAGGUAGACCCAUUCCAAAGAAACAGAAAAAAUACAAGCCAAAAGUGUUUGAGAAGAAGUCACAUAGGGAUAUCAAGUAGAAGUAAAAGAAUGAAAUUUUCACUGAAAAUUGUUAUUUUAUGCUGCAAUAAAGUAUUAAAGAUUC